GGCCGGGUGGGCUGCGCGCCGCGGGGCAUGGGCGCGCCGGGGGCCCCCGGGCACAGGCCGGCGGCGGCGCGGCGCCGGGGGCGCGGGGGCAGCGGCGGGCGGGGGUCCUCCCUGGCGGCCGCCGCUGAGCCCCCGCGGGGCCCGUGACGCCGCGGCCGAUGUGGCCCCGCGCGCGCUGCGGGCCUGCACCGCCGCCUCACAAAGACGCUGCCGGAGCCGGAGCCGGAGCCGCCGCCCGCACCCGGCCGGCAGCCGCCGCGGGAGCCCGAGCCGGAGCCGGAGCCGCAGCCGCAGCCGGGGGGGCAGGAGGCGGCGCCCGCGGGCGGCCGGCCCCGGCAUGGAGAAGCGGGCGACCGCGGGGCCGGAGGGGGCGCCGGGCGCCCGGGCACAGCUCGCCGUCGUCUGCCUGGUGAACAUCGUCCUCACUGGGCGGCUCAGCAGCGCAGUCCCUGCCUUAGCUGCCUGCAGCGGAAAGCUGGAACAGCACACGGAACGGCGCGGUGUCAUCUACAGCCCAGCCUGGCCCCUCAACUACCCGCCGGGCACCAACUGCAGCUGGUACAUCCAGGGUGACCGUGGGGAUAUGAUCACCAUCAGCUUCCGCAACUUUGACGUGGAGGAGUCCCACCAGUGCUCCCUGGACUGGCUCAUGCUGGGCCCAGCAGCCCCGCCCCGCCAGGAGGCCUUCCGGCUCUGUGGCUCUGCCAUCCCGCCUGCCUUCAUCUCUGCCCGGGACCACGUCUGGAUCUUCUUCCACUCUGACGCCUCCAGCUCCGGCCAAGCCCAGGGCUUCCGUCUCUCGUACAUCCGAGGGAAGCUGGGCCAGGCGUCCUGCCAGGCAGACGAGUUCCGCUGUGAUAACGGCAAGUGCCUGCCCGGGCCGUGGCAAUGCAACACUGUGGACGAGUGUGGCGACGGCUCUGACGAGGGCAACUGCUCGGCGCCUGCCUCUGAGCCACCCGGCAGCCUGUGCCCGGGGGGCACCUUCCCCUGCAGCGGGGCGCGCUCCACGCGCUGCCUGCCCGCCGAGAGGCGCUGCGAUGGCACCCAGGACUGCGGGGACGGCUCCGACGAGGCCGGCUGCCCCGACCUGGCGUGUGGCCGGCGGCUGGGCAGCUUCUACGGCUCCUUCGCCUCCCCGGACCUGUUUGGCGCAGCCCGUGGGCCCUCGGACCUUCACUGCACGUGGCUGGUGGACACGCAGGACCCGCGGCGCGUGCUGCUGCAGCUGGAGCUGCGGCUGGGCUACGACGACUACGUGCAGGUGUACGAGGGCCUGGGUGAGCGCGGGGACCGCCUGCUGCAGACGCUGUCCUACCGCAGCAACCACCGGCCCGUGAGCCUGGAGGCCGCCCAGGGCCGCCUCACCGUGGCCUACCACGCCCGCGCCCGCAGCGCCGGCCACGGCUUCAACGCCACCUAUCAGGUGAAGGGCUACUGCCUCCCGUGGGAGCAGCCAUGUGGGAGCAGCAGCGAGGGGGACGCGGGCGAGCAGGGCUGCUUCUCGGAGCCGCAGCGCUGCGAUGGCUGGUGGCACUGUGCCAGCGGCCGCGACGAGCAGGGCUGCCCCGCCUGCCCGCCCGACCAGUACCCCUGCGAGGGCGGCAGCGGCCUGUGCUACGCGCCCGCCGACCGCUGCAACAACCAGAAGAGCUGCCCCGACGGCGCCGACGAGAAGAACUGCUUCUCCUGCCAGCCCGGCACCUUCCACUGCGGCACCAACCUGUGCAUCUUCGAGACGUGGCGCUGUGACGGCCAGGAGGACUGCCAGGACGGCAGCGACGAGCACGGCUGUCUGGCGGCGGUGCCGCGGAAGGUCAUCACCGCCGCCCUCAUCGGCAGCCUGGUGUGCGGCCUGCUGCUGGUCAUCGCCCUGGGCUGCGCCUUCAAGCUCUACUCGCUGCGCACGCAGGAGUACAGGGCCUUCGAGACCCAGAUGACGCGCCUGGAGGCUGAGUUUGUGCGGCGGGAGGCACCCCCGUCCUAUGGGCAGCUCAUCGCGCAGGGCCUCAUUCCGCCCGUGGAGGACUUCCCCGUCUACAGUGCGUCCCAGGCCUCGGUGCUACAGAACCUUCGCACAGCCAUGCGGAGACAGAUGCGCAGGCACGCCUCCCGCCGAGGGCCCUCCCGCCGCCGCCUCGGCCGCCUCUGGAACCGGCUCUUUCACCGGCCGCGGGCACCGCGGGGACAGAUCCCACUGCUGACCGCUGCGCGCACCUCACAGACGGUGCUGGGGGACGGGCUCCUCCAGCCUGCACCGGGGACCACCCCAGAUCCCCCAGCACCCCUCACGGACACAGGCAGCCCUGUAGGGGCUGGGGAUGGGCCCCCCAGUGUCCCAGGCCAUGCAUCAGAGGCGGGAUCUGCUGUGCCUCCCCCCUCCGGCCUGCGGGACCCAGAGUGCAGGCUGGGGGACAAGGACAGAAAGGCCUGCAGGGACUCUUUGGUGGACAGCCUGGCCCCUGCCGAAGCGCCUCGGGAGCCCUGCUCGGCCCAGGACCCUCACCCCCUGGCUCCCACUGCCAGUAGCACCCUGGGCCCCCACCCACCAGAGCCAUUGGGUGUCUGCAGGAGUCCCCCACCACCCUGCUCCCCAACGUUGGAGGCCAGUGACGAUGAGGCCCUGCUGGUCUGCUGACCUGCUGGACAUGCUGGUGACCGCCACAGCCCCGCUUUGUAACCAGGGAAUACACAGUCGUUUCUA